GUUGUGACCCCGUCUUUGCGUUGCCCGUUCAAUAACUCUCUCUAAGAGGUCAACGGCCUUUGUUGAGCCACCAAGGCCAUGAGCUACCACCGAAGACAGACAGCUCAGAGCCACCACAACCCACAGCCUGACUGACCGGGCGAACCAAGCGAGGCAGCCACCUCGAAUCAUGCCCUGAGUUUUAGUCGAAGCCAGAGCCUUACCGAUCACCCAGAUCAAAUGCGCGACGGUCCCCUGGGUUGAGCAUUUUACCAACCGCCAAACCGAUUGAGCAACCGAUGACCAGAGAUCACCACUGAAUCAGCUGGCCCGCUCCCGUAUUCUCAUCCGCCACACCCCCAGCUGCAGCCGGGGUAGCGAGAAUCUGAGCAGGCAAUACCAAACAUGGCCAACAGAGACGAGCCUGUACCGGAGGACUGGGAAGAUGUUGCCAACGACAAUCUAUCCGUCGUCUCCCUUCCCACAUCCGACGAUGAGGAUUUUGUCCCCGUCCGCCACACUGGUACAAGCCCAGAUGCCGGGGCCCACACAAAGCCGCGUGACGACAAGCACGAUGAGGCUAUCGCCAGCCCGACCGUCUCGGUCUCAAGGCAGCUUGCACGGCUUUCACUAGACGAUUCACAGGAAGAGAAGGCCGGCAUACCUGCCCAGCAGCCACAACAAGGCAAGAUCAACAUGAAUACCAACCGUUUGGCGAAAGUCGACAUUGCGGCAGGAAGUUAUGAUUCGGCCGAUGACGAGACACGUCUCGCCGACCAUUUAGAUGUCGAUUUGGACCCGAAUUUUCUGCAAAAGAUGUCCUCGUCAACUGUCAAGCUGAUUGUUGAGAUCUUGGGCAUCGUCCACUUCGGUGCCCACAGUCACGACGGAGACGACUCGACCGAUGGUCGAACACAAAUUGGGGAUGUCUGCAAGCGUUUACGAAAUCACCUCAACGACUUGAAUCCCAUUCUAGAAGGAUACUCCAAGCAAUGGACCACCAAGCAUGCCCAUGUCAGCUUGCCCAUCGACCCGGGCCUGUACGAAUGGAUGUCUGAUCUGAGGAUUGAGCUUCUAGCCGUACAAGCUCUUUUACAGGACCAGAUGAGCAACCGUCGUUCUGAUUCCGGCCCAUCAACGUUCAUCUCGGAUCUUACAAAGUACGAGGAAUCAUUGCGCGAGUCCUGCGACCAUAUGGCUAGUUUUCUGCCCAUUAUUGCGGCCGAUUUUGAGGAUUUUCACACGGCAAAUUUACCUGUCGCUGAGGAGGAAGAAACCACGGAGGCCGAGGCCUGGGAAGCUGGCGAUAGUCAUCAUCGCUACUCUACUUCUGGUACUUUGAGCGGCCAUGCUCAGCUUCGACGUGAGCUAUACGAGCUCAAGGACCAGGUCUUGGCCUGCGUUGAGUGCUUGAACAAUUUCUCCGAUCGACAUCCGCGGGCCUCGGGUCGCCUGCUCUUCCAACUCAGGGAUUCAUACAAUUCCAUCAAGAGCACCUUGGAUAUACUCUUGUCAAACCACGCUUCUGAGUGGAUUGACCACGGGCUUGCUGGUGGGAUCACUUACCCUGAAUUCUGCCGGCUUAAUCCCGAUACCGUUCGCUCUCUGAACGUACAGCUCAAGGAGAUAGUGGACAACUUCAAGAUGGAGUGCUUCCGUGCCCGUUCGUUUAGAUACACGGUUGAUCCCGAUAUGGUGCCGGCAGAUGAUAACGAAGAACCCGACGAUCAGAAUAUUGAUGCUUUGGGGAGCAUCCAGGAGGUCUUGGCGGAUCUAUUUCAAGUCAAGAGGAGGCCGUCUGCAAGCACUAGCGAUUGAGGAUUCAAUCAUGGAUGCCACUGAUAUUUAGGAUUGGAAGCAUGGAGUUUGGUUGAACCAGGAUAUUGGGCGUGCACAUACAGUCGCGCCUUGAGAUGUACUCAAAGUUCUUACUUACAGCUAAGCACUUGAGUAACAAUGUGCUUUGAGUGGUAAAACAAGUCUCGACUCAAGUUUUCUUUCGCAAUAUCAGAUUUCAAAUCCAUGGGUGUCGCCGUUGCUAUGCUGCACUAUUUACUCGAGUAAGAUCGCUAUGAGUGCGCGCAAUACAUCAAAGUAGCCCUUCAGUGAGACUCUCAACCCCGUUGUUUUCCGUUCUGUACGAGUAAGGUUUGAUUUCUGGAACAACUUUCCCUUCCUGGGAGGGUGUCCAUCUGAAUGCAGUGGCAAUUCAAUCCACCACUUUCAGCAUCCGG